AUGUUUCACGACUAUAAGUUUAAUGUUUAUCAUGAAAAAUCAUCACAGUCGUCGGUUAUUCCAUCGAGCGUACAACAGCAUUCAACAACAUUAUAUUUGAGAGGAAAACCUCGUCUGGUAAAUAAAAGGGAUAUAAAUAACCUUCAGCCGGCUAUUCAUUUACACAAUAAAACAAGCACUUGGAGUAAGGGUAUUUUACUGCUUAUCAGCUCUUCAAUUAUAGCAAUUCUCUUAAUAUUAUUUGUUGCUAUGAAACGAAUUCAUCGUGUUUAUUUAAAAUCAGAUCAGUUUGAAUCAAAAAUUCAAAAUUUUCAAAUAACAUCAUUUGAUCAUAUUAAUUCAUUAAAACAAAACUAUUUAAUAAAACAACAAAUGAAUAAAUUACAAGAUGGAAAACAGUUAGAAACUAGUGCUGAAAAAUUAAGAAAUUCAAAAUUGAAUGAUUAUAAUUCUCAAACGAUAAUAAAUCAUCAUCAACAGCAACAGCAACAACAACAACCACAACAACAAUAUGAAAAUGAACAGAAAGUUCAACCGAUACGAAUUACCCCAAAUCCAUUUAUGAAUCAAUCUAAUAUGAAAGAAUAUGAAGCCAAAACUAUUUUAUUGGAUGAAAAACGUUAUGAUGCCUCUUUGAAUAUGUCAUCAUCAAUAUAUAACAAUAAUAAUAAUAAUCUUAAAAGUGGAUCACCAAUUGUAUGUAAUCCAACAAUUCAAUUAUAUGAAAAUCCAUUAAGAUCUGAUGAAGAAGAUGAUGAUGAUUUUCAAUGUUCAUGCAGUGAAAAUGAUACUGAUGAUCAUAUAACUUUAAAUAAUUAAUUCAAGAAAGAAAAGAAUCUAAAUGAAUUCAACAAAGAAGAAGUUGAUGAAGAAGAAGAACAACAAUAACAACUCAUAUAAGACAACAGUUAAACAAAAACAACAUGGACACAUUGAAUUUCUUUACUCUACUCAUUUAUUUCUAAUAAUUAUGAUAAAUAAUCUUUAAAAUGGCAUUUAGUUUAGUCUUAUCUUUCACAUUCUUGUUCAGUCAAUAUGUUUACUUUAUUAUUGAUUAAGUUAUUUAUCAAAUUUUUUUUUCUUUUUCAAUAUGUUCUCUUAUCGGUGAUCUUUGUCAUAAAAAGGGGAAAAAAAAUUUCUUUUUCAUCAUUUAUUAUUUACACUUUAUACCCCCUACCCCAUCACAAUCACCAUCACCACCAUUUAUACCCUGCAUUACUCACAUAUUACAUUUUUGCACUGUUUACAAUAUUUUGGUAAUCAUAGUCAUACAUAAUGAGUUUCAAAGUACAUUCACUACCUGUAUGGCAUUUAUUCGUUAUUUAAAAGAACUAAUUUUUUUUCCAUCUUGCUGAGGGGGGGGGUGGCUGGAUGUUCUUUCGAUAUAAUUUUUAAUUAGUAUUAUUUAUUUUAAUCGUACUUUUAUUCAUGAAUUUAGUUGUUCAAAUUGUUUAGUAUUUAGUUCACUAUUCUAUACAUUUUUAUCAUAUCAUCAAAUAGAUAUAUAUAUAUAAACGUAUACAUUCAUUC